AAGGCGCCACGUAUGCGUAGAUUGAAGUGAGUGUUGUGUAUGAAAUUUUAAAUCCCUACACAUAGGCAUAUAUUUUAAGAUGAUAUUGAUUUGCUUACUGGAUAAUCCAGAAUUUGAGUUUGAGCAGCAGACUUUUCCUACAUGGUUUUGACAAGAUGCCUCAUAGAAUAAAAGGUUAUAAUAAUAGUUACAUAGCUCAUAAAUGAGGAAGUUCGCGAAUUAAGUGCAGCUUACUCAACUAGAUGAAGAACUUUGUAUGUUAAUUGGAUACAGAGUUAGGGUCGACUUGAAAAUUUCUGAACAACAGUACGUAGUUGCGUGUUACAAUAUACCCAGGUGGAGAAUGUACUUAGUUAGAGUGAGAAAAUGGGCAAUAUCGGUUGGGCUGAUACGUGGCCAAAAGUUGGUAAAAGUGCAGCGUAAGAUAGCCACUUCCACCGAGUUCCCAACAUGUUUUCAACGGACAAACUACCUAGCAAGCUGGUGAUGCAUCAUCUAUGUCAUUUCCAAAAAUAUUUGACUAAGUUGAUGAAAAUGUUCUCCAAUAGGGCUUUGUAUUUGACAGUGCUAUAUAUCCUGUAUAUUAUUGAAGUACCUGGGUUCACCAAGUCCCCUAUGGUUCUGUAAAUACGUGCCAAAAAGUUGAAGAAAGCCUAAUGCGUACAACGACUACUUCCGUCGCAAACGAAUCACAACAAUCAGUUGGAUUUGACCAAAGAAUUCAUACUCCCAUAAAUGUAUCGGAGUCUGAAUAGUGCACACAAAUGUCACUGAAUGUGACAGACAGAAUUACAUUGCUCUCAUUUCAGGUGCACAUGGAAUUACGCGUCACCGUAAAUCGUAGUCUACAGCCUGUGGCACACACAGUGACAGCUAGUAGGCUUAGAUCCCUGGUCCUUUAGUAGAAUCACCAGUGAAGUGUGUACCUUUUCGUAUAUAAAUGUGGUGUGGUAGAAACUAGGAAAAUGCAUCCAGGGGACCAACCUUCGCCAGAAAUAGAACUUAUUACAGAAGGAGUUGAAAGGACAGUAACGCGUAUGCCUAUUGCAAUGAGGAAUCUAUGGUACGAGGAGUGAAGUUGUGUAUCUGUGAUCUUGUCACACCGUAAGCAGACAGACCAUCUACUCAGGAUGUUCAAAAUUAUCAGAAGUUAGUGUGGAGUUGGUCUGUCUUCACUUUAGACAUCAGGAUCAGGAUCAGAGUGGAGCACUGAUUCUCUUAUGGAGUGGUUAACUCGUGGAUGCGACUUCCAGAAGCAUUAGUGUUUGUAGCCUCAAUCGACCUGUUGAAGAGGAGAAUGAAUAAGCUGAGAUACCUAUCAAGAGAGGAUUAAAAUAGGCCUAAAUACUUGUACCUCGAAGUAAAACUUAAAAGAUGUAGGACACUGUCUGUUAAAUGUAGUUAUGAAUUUCAUGUGUCCAUGUCUGCUGAGGCCUGUUGAAGAUGUUUCGAAUAGAAUCUCCCAUCAAGCAACGGAAAGGAAAUAUUAUCAUAAACUGUAGUGAUUAGGAUUAUACAGUAGCUAAAUAUAUGCAGUCCUGCUCUCCUCAUGGAUGUGGUCUUAUUGAGUUGCUGUAUUGAAGUCCUGUAUGUUUGUUCACCUGUCUCUUCGCACUACCCGGAUAAGAAGAGUUUCAGAUGCACUGGGGAAUUUCGGGCUCAUCUGAAAACGAACACUUGACACCUGUUUGCAGACGUAGGUAGUACGAAGAGUUGUUUCUUUUGAGGAUGUUAAAAAUUCUGGGGCUUGCCUGUGCUUGGAAGGUAAGGAUUUCAGUUAAAAAACAUCCUCGCAAUAUGACGGUCACACAAUUUUAGUUUAUUUUUGAGACAUUCGGCCGCCGUAACAACCUAGGAUAAAACUUUAGGGACUCUUAGUGGGUAUCUCACACACUUUGAUGUGGGAGUUGACUUUCCCUCCUUCAGAUUUAUGAGAAUGUGCCGAAAUGAUGUGACGGCACUCUGAGGUCGUGCAUCCCUGUUUUAGAGGGUGUGAAAGUCGCGAUAUCUUCUGGGAAUGUAAGCGUGGUGUUGUGGAUUUGUUUUGCAGCACUAUCCAUACAAUUUUUGGAACUGUGGAAAGUAGUUCGAAGGAUCCUGAUGUGUCGUCACGGUUAGCAUCUUUUGGGGUUUUGUGAAUGCUGUAAUGGAACCCGAGAGAUCUUGUGAGGUUAUGUAUUAUUCAAUUUUGGAACUGACGAAAGUCAUGUUGCAACACUAGGAAUUAGCAUAAAACAGCAAGUAUGUCCUUAAUACUAUGAAAUAAUACUUAUGUGUUUAUUCUCUUCCUCUGCAUUCAUUUUGACUUUUCUGUAUAUAUUCUUAUAUACUUUUUUGGUGCCUAGGCUGUAUUAAAUGUCUUAAAGUUGUAAGUAUUGAUGCCAGUAUUUAGUUGGUCGGUCUACCAGGUCUACUGGAUAUUUAUUUUUAGAUAUACUGUUUUGGUUUUGGACUGUAUUUUCACUCACUUAUUUUGUAUAGCGGUGACUAGGUUGAUGUUGCUGUUUUUAAAAUGUACACAUGUUGUUGCAAAUGUCAUGCGUGUCACUUCCAAUCUUACUUAGAUUUUAGGCCAUUGUGAAUAAGGAAGCUUUUGUUGAAGGAUAUCUAAUAUCUAAGAUGAUCUUUAAGGAGUUAUGAUAUUAUUGCACUUUCAGAAAUUUCUGAUUAGCAGCUUUGACAAAAUUCUGAUAGAUAUUUGCUAUCUUGAGGACAUAAUUUACUUCUCACAGGUGUUAAACCUUGUAAGUUAAUAUUUGGCUUUGUUGCUUGAUAAUGUCUUUUCUUUUUAAGUAUCCUGUUUUUUCAAGGUACAGUAAAGCGAUGUUUUAUCGGGCGUAUGAAAAAUCCGACUGAAAUCAGAGAAAAAGCGCGUUACCUAAGUUUAUGGGAACGUAACAAAGUAUUGAAACUGUAUGAAGCCGGCAAAGAUAUUGAAUUCAUCGCUAAUAGUAUAGGCCGGGGUACUGCGACUGUUUGGCGAAUAAUUUCUGGCACAUGGAGACCGAAAAGAUCUAAUGUAACCAUUAUGGAUCUGAUCAAAGAGAGGCGCAUGCUGCGUAAGGUGAAAGCCAAUAGAAACAAAAUUCUUAAAAAGUUGCGGUCAGCAAGAUCAGAUUCAGCAUCUCACAGGAGUGAUGAGGAUGAAAAUUCAAUGAGAUAUAGUUUGAGAUCAUCAGUGAGAUUAACACGCAGUCAGGAUGUUUCUGAAUCGGAAAAUAAGGACAAUCCUUCUUCGACAGGGUUAGCUGAACUGUUUCCUAGAUGCGAGUCGGGAAAGCCUCCAUCAGUUCACGAUGUUAUUGCGUUUUUAUGCUCUAAAGAAGUUCGCUCUAAGUGCAAAACCUGGUGGCCGAAAUGUGAAGAUGAAAAGGACUCAGAUACCGAUGACCCUGCAUCAAAGUGUUGGUUAAUUCGGCUAUCAGAUUGA